AUGGCAUCCACAACCUUCUCUAACACUUGCAACGGCGAUGACUUCGGCACCUUCGUCGAAUCUGAUGAUGAAUGCGAGGUAGAGUCAGAUGCCGAACCUCGUGAGCGAUACGAGGAAGGCAUGUAUUGCCCGCUUUGCAUAGGGGCAUUACUCGUCAACCGGUACCGUAUCGAGCACAAACUCGGCUGGGGAGGCUUCUCCACCGUAUGGCUGGCUCACGACACCCGAGAAAACAAGGCCGUGGCCCUCAAGGUGACGGUCUCCGGGCAGCGGAGAGAAUACGAGCGUGCUAUGCAGGACAAAAUUAUACAGGUCGUACCAGAUACAUAUAACCUCGUUACAUAUCAAGCCGUUUUCUCCCUUCCUGGCCGUGGAGCCAAUCGCCAUACCGUAUUUGUAUUUCCGGUGCGAGGCCCGAAUCUUGACACCGCCUGCUGUAGACUCCCGCCGAAAUUUCGAGUCCCCGCAGCAAAACACUUGCUUUUAGGUCUCAAAAGUCUACACGACGCGGGCAUUGUCCAUCGAGACCUCAAUACUGGAGCAGUACUAUGGCGUAUUGAUCCUAUUGACCAUUGGACAACCGCGGAAAAAUAUCAGCGCCUUGGCCGGCCACGAAAGGUGCCCCUGAGAGAGGAAGAGGGGGCGCCGGGAGAGCUGGUAGAAUCAAUCCAGUUUCCCCAGGAUAUGCUUAGACAUCCUGUAUGCCUAGGCGACUUUGGCCUUUCAAUUAGAUCAGGAACUUUGGUGGAAAACACAGCCCAGUUACCGCCACUAUUCUGUGCUCCAGAGAGGCUCCACGGUAUGAACCCAAGCCCUGCAGGCGACAUGUGGAGCUAUACAUGCAUUUUUGCGAAGCUCUACCUAGGCGUCGAAGUCAUCUGGGGCAGCGGCCCUUCCCUGGUUUCCCGGAUAGUCAGUAUGUCGGGACCCCUUCCAGAGCACUGGAAAGGCUUUUUCGGCGAUGGAACCACGACUAAGGACUGGUGGUAUGAUCAAAGUGGCCAGAUGCCACGGUCUGAGGUCUUGGGUGGGUAUGAAACGCUUGAAGACAAAAUUGACCGCCUUCGGCCUGAUAUUUGUCGAGAUGAGCGAGAGCAUGCUCUGUCGAUCAUGUACAGGGGAUUUUCUUGCGCACCAGAGCAUCGAAUUACUGCUACUCAGCUACUCGAGGAUCCUUCAUUCAUUGCUCUUAUGUCUUAUUACACACCUUAG